UACCAGUUCAGUGAAGCGUGUAUGAGGAACGAGCAGGAUGAUCAGGAACAGCAGGGAUUCUUAUACCAGGAGAUCAGAGGAGAAUCUUAUAUCUUCAGAUUAUAAAGCAGAUGAUGAUAUCACACAAGAUACAUAUGAAGAACAUUCCAUUAUCCCAGAUACACCCUCAGCCCUUCACAGCCAAGAUCUGUCAUCUCAUCCUUAUAUACAGGUCCUGUCUUCUCAAUUAUCACAGAAAAGUCACAGAAGGAAUGUUGGACAUCAACAAGCUCACACAGGAAAGAAACACUAUUCAUGCUCAGAAUGUGGGAAAUGUUUUCCUUUUAAAUCAGGUCUUGUUAUACAUCAAAGAACUCACACAGGAGAGAAGCCAUUUCCAUGUUCAGAAUGUGGAAAAUUUUUUACUCAAAAAUCAUAUCUUUUUGAACAUCAGAGAACUCACACAGGAGAGAAGCCAUUUCCAUGUUCAGAAUGUGGAAAAUGUUAUACUCAAAAAUCAUAUCUUGUUGAACAUCAGAGAACUCACACAGGAGAGAAGCCAUUUCUAUGUUCAGAAUGUGGAAAAUGUUUUACUCAAAAAUCAUAUCUUGUUGAACAUCAGAGAACUCACACAGGAGAGAAGCCAUUUCCAUGUUCACAAUGUGGAAAAUGCUUUACUUGUAAAUCAAAACUUGUUAGACAUCAGAGAACUCACACUGGAGAGAAGCCAUUUCCAUGUUCAGAAUGUGGAAAAUGUUUUACUGCAAAAUCAAGUCUUGUUAAUCAUCAAAGAACUCACACAGGAGAGAAGCCAUUUUCAUGUUCAGAAUGUGGAAAGUGUUUUUCUAAGAGAUCAAGUCUUGUUUAUCAUCAAAAAACUCACACAGGGGAGAAGCCAUUUUUAUGUUCAGAAUGUGGAAAGUGUUUUAUUGAGAAAUCAAUUCUUGUUCAUCAUCAAAAAACUCACACAGGGGAGAAGCCAUUUCCAUGUUUAGAAUGUGGAAAAUGUUUUACUAUUAAAUCAAGUCUUGUUUAUCAUCAAAGAACUCACACAGGAGAGAAGCCAUUUUCAUGUUCAGAAUGUGGAAAAUGUUUUACUCAUAAAUCAGAUCUUGUUAAACAUGAAAGAACUCACACAGGACAGAAGCCAUUUUCAUGCUCCGAAUGUGGGAAAUGUUUUACUGAGAAAAAAACACUUAACAGACAUCUAAGAAUUCACACAGGAGACAAGCCAAUUCAGAGCAAUACAUGA